AUUUAUGGUUAGAUCAUUAGUCUUGCUCUCCUUGUUAAUAGUUAGCUAUACAAUGACAAUUAAAAUCAAUGGAUGCACUUGUGAAGAAGUGUUAAAGUAAGAAGAGUGUGAUAAUUAUCAUCCGGAUGGAAACAUAAAUUGUGAUUGGAAUGAAUAAAAAAAUACUUGUGAUUCAGAUCCAAAAGUGACUUGUUCUUUGAUAGAUGGACAAGAAUUGUGUAGAGCACAAUCUGUUUGUGGCUGGGUUGAAAAUAAAUGUGUUGAUUUCAAAUAAUGUUCUGAUUACAAAGAGACUGUGGAUUAAAAAUGCAACAAUAUAAAUCAUCAAUGCAUUGUAUUGGAAGAUGAUAAAUGUGGAAAAAAGAAACCUUUAGAAUGUGAAUCUCUUGCUAAUGAGGUUUGCAAAUCAACUUCAGAAAGUAUAUGUGUUUUAUAUGGCGAUCCUGCAAAAUGUAUCACAAUGAAAUCAUGUGACUAAGGUAGUUAUAAUGAAGAGUAAUGCAAAAGAAGUUUCGGAUCAUGUGUUUGGGACACAAAUAAAUGCAGAGAAAAAAAAUGUUCAGAUAUUUUAGUAAAGGAUUAAUGUAGAUUUUUUUCUUUAUCCUUAUAACCAUCAUAUGCAACAUUAUGUCAUUGGACAGCAGAAGGUAAAUGCAUUGAUGGAGAAGAUGAACAUUAUACAGCUGAAACCUGUUUUUCUGAAAGUGCUUAUUCAAAGGUUUGGAAAGAUAAUAAAUGCUAAUCUUGUGCAGAUUCUCCAGUUGAUAGUAAAGCCUUAUCAAUAAUCAUGAUUCUAUUUGCAAUAAUAAUGAUGUGAUAUCAUCAAUCAAACAUAUACAUAUUUA